UACCACCAAUGCUAAUGGCGCUAAACGUGAUCAAGACCAUUCGUGUCUCCCCUGCUACAAUCUUUUCCGAUGACUCUGCCAGCUUCUCUAAUCUCCCUCUAACCUUCUUUGACUUACACUUCAUGAAAUCCCUUCCUACUCAACAAGUCAUGUUUUACAAACUCACCGAAUCAUCAUCAUCACGCGAGUCAUUCCACUCUCUAAUCCUCCCAAAACUUGAGCUCUCUCUCUCCAUUGUCCUCCGCCAUUACCUCCCACUCGCUGGCUGCCUUUCGUGGGAGCCGAAAGAUCCAAAGCCGUGCAUUGUUGUGUCUAAGCAUGACACGGUAUCACUUACCAUCGCAGAGACCGGCUUAGACUUCUCUUUCGCAUCGGGAAAUGGAAUACGUCCGGCGACCUAUUUACAUCCUCUUAUACCCGAGUUAUUGACCUCUGAUGAUUUGGCCGCUGUGAUUACCUUGCAAAUCACGUUAUUUCCAAACCAAGGAUUCUGUAUCGGCAUUGCAUCUCACCAUGCUGUCCUAGAUGGUAAAACGUUAACAAUGUUUAUAAAAUCUUGGGCUCAUAUUUGCAGUUUACAAGAACAUAAUAAACCUCCGCUUCUACCGGAGGAUCUAACUCCAUGUUUUGAUCGUACGGUACUCAACAUUCUGUCCGGACCUGAGACAAAGAUGCUGGAACUCUUUUUAUCUCUUUCAAAGGACAAUGACGACUUAAGAAGCUUGAAGCUCCCUCCCCAUAAAGAUAUCAGCUCAGAUAUUGUUCGUGCCACGCUUGAGUUAACUCCAAAGCAGAUUGAGAAAUUGAGGGAGCGAGUGAAGAACGAAUCAUCCCUCUCUCCGCUCGAGCUUCACUUGUCAACGUUUGUCAUCUCGUAUGCUCAUGUAUGGACAUGCAUGGUAAAAGCGCGUGGAGGAAACGCUAACAGACCAGUACAUUUUGUAUAUGCAGCAGAUUUCAGGCAUUGGUUAGACCCUCAAGUUCCAACAGGAUACUUUGGGAACUGUGUGUUUCUGAUAAGUUGGUUUGAAUACCAAGCGAGGACAUUUUUAGGAGAAAAUGGUUUUGUCAAAGCUGUCGAGAUCCUAAGCGAUUCGGUAAAAAGUUUGAGUUCACGAGGGAUAAAGUCAAUAUGUGAGGAUUUUGUGGAGGGGUCGAAGAAAAUGAUACCAAACGCGCAGAUCGGGUCAGUUGCAUGGUCACCCCAGUUUGGUCUAUACGAAUCAGACUUUGGAUGGGGUAGACCAGCUAAGACCGAGGUUGUGUCCAUUGACCGUAACGAAGCAUUUGCUAUGUCGGAGAGAAGGGAUGAGCCAGGUGGUAUGGAGAUUGGAGUAUGCUUGAAGAAGAGUGAGAUGGACAUUUUUCUUUCUUUAUUUAAAAAUGGCCUAAGCGAUUAAGCUUUUGUAUCGUUAUGUUACGAUUAAUAUGUCAUGUGUUCAAGGUUGAAUUAAUCAUUAUUUUACGUACUCAAUAUAUAAUGAUAGCUGCAUGGAU